UACUUGUUCGUUAAAGAGAAGAGUGACGAAUCGUCACCGCCUCGUCUUCUUCUCCUCGUCUGCUCUCGAUUCGAUAAAUUCCUUCUCUUUGCCCCCCUCGUGCCUGUUCUUAUCCUCUUUAGUCUUUGUUCAAAUUGGAUGCGAUUUGAAUCUCUGUGCUGUUGUUUGUGCAUUGAUGAAGUUUGGCUUGAGGGAUGAAUCGGCAAAUCUUUGCGCUUCUUCCGUGUUUGACUAAUCUCUCUAUCUUCUUCUUGUUUCUUGUCCUAAUUCUUCGAUUUCCGGCCUGCGCUCUCGGUUUGGAGGUUGCAAUUCUAGUUUUCACUGAUUAAGUUAGAUAAAGAUUAGUUUGGGGGAAAAUGGUAGGUAAGUGGCGGAAUCACUCCAAUUUGCGGUCUUUCCUCAGUCGCACAACGCCGGCGGUUCCUGUUUACACUCUCCCGAAGACGGGUUCGCAGGAUCUAUACUGGCAGCCUAUCCUGCAAAGCAAGGUUGAGUAUUUCAAUCUUGUGGACCUCUGGGAUCAAUAUAGUGAGUGGAGUGCUUAUGGCCUUGGAGUACCUAUCAUUCUUGAUAAUUGUGAUAGUGUAGUCCAGUAUUAUGUUCCUUUCCUCUCCGCGAUCCAAAUUUACAGCAGCAAAUCUCAUGCUCUUAUGAGGAGCACAUUGGAAGAUAAUGAAAGGGAAUCAUUCAGCGAUGAUAGUGAGAGUGAGAAAUUGUCCAGAUCAUCCGACGCUGUGUCAGAUGACUCUCUCUCUGACCAGGAGGUUUCAUUGUCAACAAGACACCUCUUGGGGCAAUUGUACUUGCACUAUAUAGAAUAUGGUUCUCCUUAUGGGAGGAUACCUCUUGUCGACAAGGUUAACGAACUAGCACAGAUGUAUCCUGGUUUGAGAACACUAAGAAAUGUGGACAUCUCACCUGCUAGCUGGAUGUCAGUUGCUUGGUACCCUAUCUACCACAUUCCAUCUUCUAGGAAUGUGAAGGAUCUGUCUGCAUGCUUCUUAACUUAUCAUAUUAUGUCUGCAUCAUUCCGAGGUAUGUGCCUCAUUUAUCUGCAAACCAUGACUAGUUCCUGUUCGUUAUGUCAGAGUUGUUUGUUUCCCAAAAUGCACUCCUAUAAGCUUUCCUCCCACGCGAGGUUCCACAGAGAAUAUUGUACCAGAGGAAAUGGUCGAGGAAUCUUGUUCUACAAAUGUAAGCAAUGUGAUGCAGAAAAAGGAGGGGGACAACAGCAUAUCACUCUCGCCGUUCGGUCUUGCCACAUACAAGUUACAGCGUGGCCUGUGGUUGAACCAUGGAAUCGCAGAUAGUGAACUGAUGAGCACCUUGUACAAUGCUGCACAUCGUAGGCUGAAACGGCUUGGAGUUGAGCACCAUGACUUUGACUUCUUCACCACUCACUGAAUGCAAAUCAUGUCCUUGUUUUCCAGUGUUGUUCCACAUGCAACCAUAAACCCUGCUGAAAGUUGAGUUCUCUUUGGCAUUUCUGACUCCCGGUUCAGGCAGUGGUUAUGUUGUUUUAUUUUGCUUUUGGAAAGCCACUGAGAGUGACAUGCCUGCUUCACUUUUCUAUCUUUGAGCUCGUGUUUUUUCAGUUUUCCUGUUACUGAUGUAUAUGAGUUGUCAAAUUUUAGUGUAUUUUUAGUCUA